AUGGUCACAACUUCUUCUACCAUGUCAUCUGGAUCUGUCAUGAUGUUGGAUCAAAUUUCCUCUGAUGAGUGUCCUACUCCUAUAACUAAGCGCAAAGACGAUGACUAUGACCUACAGGACCUAACCUCUUCUUCGAAGAAACAAUGCACCAAGCUAAUCAAACAAGAGAAGACCAAGACUGAUUAG